CCCCAUUCCCCAGGCCCCCUGCCUGUCUCCUCUGCUAGGUUGCACAAUGGUACAGCCAGCAUCACGCCGCACAAUGGUUUCCAGGCAGUGAAAGAGCGUGAUUCAGCAAGCCACUCUUCCCCCCCCCUCUUUAUUUCAUUAUUAUUGGACAUUUUGCCUCCCCUUUUUCCAUCCUCUUUACCCUCUCCCCUAGGCUUUGCUUGAUUUCUUUAGAGGAAAGCAUUGUAUUGCCUCGAAUCCAGCUGCCCAUCUUUUUAUUCUUUUUACUUUUAUAAAAAGCCCAUUUUUUCCCUCGGCACUGUUUGGGAUGUGACUGAAAAAUACCACCUCAAGUCACGGUCUGGGGGAGAGGUUGCUGGACGAGAAGACCAGUUGGCGAGCGCGGAAUGGGCUAGUAUUAGAAACGUGUACCAGCAGCCGGCCAGACUCAAACAGCAGCUAUGGCAACCCGUGCAUGAAGUUGCUGCCUUUGACCCAUUUCCUAUAGAUGAGGCAUAUCAAACGCCGUGAGAAGUCCUUUCUUCUGGCUGCUGGGAUGUUGUCACAGGACUGCGUUUUGUUCUGCUAGCCUGCAAAAUUAGUUUUGGGCACAAAAGCCCAUGAAGAAACUGACAAAAAUCUUACUGCAGCAGACUCUUGAAUGUCUUCCAUGUCUUCAUGCAGCCUGUGGAAGUCAGCAAUAACAGCAGCUGCUGGACCAGCCAGCCUCUGCUUCUGUGCCUCCCCUUCAUAAGGAGAAGAUGAGGAAGAAAAUGGGAGUUGCUUUAUAUUUCCUGUUCCUGUUUAUUUCGGAUCUGGGAAGAGCUGCUGCUUUGCUCUGGUAUUUAUGAGCCGCCAUUUCUUAUACUAUUGUGGUGAACCUACCCUGGAUGUGAAGAUUGCCUUUUGUCAGGGAUUUGGGAAACAAGUGGAUGUGUCAUAUAUUGCCAAACAUUACAACAUGAGCAAAAGCAAAGUUGACAACCAGUUCUACAGUGUGGAAGUAGGUGACUCGACCUUCACAGUUCUCAAACGCUACCAGAACUUGAAACCUAUUGGCUCUGGGGCUCAGGGAAUAGUUUGUGCUGCAUAUGAUGCUGUCCUUGACAGAAACGUGGCCAUUAAGAAGCUCAGCAGACCAUUUCAGAACCAAACGCACGCAAAGCGAGCUUACAGAGAGCUGGUCCUCAUGAAGUGUGUGAAUCAUAAAAAUAUUAUCAGUUUAUUAAAUGUCUUCACACCACAGAAAUCUCUGGAGGAGUUCCAGGAUGUUUACCUGGUAAUGGAGUUAAUGGAUGCCAAUCUGUGCCAGGUCAUUCAGAUGGAGCUCGACCAUGAGCGAAUGUCUUAUCUACUUUACCAAAUGCUCUGUGGUAUCAAGCAUCUUCACUCCGCAGGAAUCAUUCACAGGGAUUUAAAACCAAGUAAUAUCGUGGUAAAAUCUGACUGCACGUUGAAGAUUUUGGAUUUUGGACUGGCCCGGACUGCAGGCACGAGCUUCAUGAUGACUCCGUAUGUGGUGACACGUUACUACAGAGCACCAGAGGUCAUCUUGGGAAUGGGCUACAAGGAGAACGUGGAUAUAUGGUCUGUGGGAUGCAUUAUGGGAGAAAUGGUUCGCCACAAAAUCCUCUUUCCAGGAAGGGACUAUAUUGAUCAGUGGAAUAAAGUUAUCGAGCAGCUGGGAACACCCUGUCCAGAAUUCAUGAAGAAGCUGCAGCCGACGGUACGGAACUACGUUGAGAACAGACCCAAGUAUGCUGGCCUCACCUUCCCCAAACUUUUUCCAGACUCUCUCUUCCCAGCUGACUCAGAACACAACAAACUCAAAGCCAGCCAAGCCAGGGACCUUCUAUCAAAGAUGCUAGUCAUUGAUCCGGCUAAGCGAAUAUCAGUAGAUGAAGCCUUACAGCAUCCAUACAUUAAUGUCUGGUAUGACCCAGCAGAAGUGGAGGCGCCGCCUCCCCAGAUAUACGAUAAACAGCUGGAUGAAAGGGAACAUACAAUCGAGGAAUGGAAAGAACUCAUCUACAAAGAAGUAAUGAAUUCUGAAGAAAAAACUAAAAAUGGCGUAGUAAAAGGACAGCCUUCUCCUUCAGGUGCAGCAGUGAACAGCAGUGAAAGCCUCCCUCCGUCCUCAUCUGUCAAUGACAUCUCAUCCAUGUCCACGGAUCAAACUCUGGCGUCUGACACGGACAGCAGCCUGGAAGCUUCUGCGGGACCCCUCGGUUGUUGCAGGUGACUAGCCGCCUGCCUGCGAAACCCAGCGUUCUUCAGAGGAUGAUGUAGUUGAGGAGGAAAAAGUAACACGAGUUAAGAGAUGAAGAGAAAUUAAAAAAAAAAAAAAAAAAGAAACAACAAAGAUUUAAAUGAAACAAACAAAAAAAUCUUUCCAGCCUGCUUCUCCUACAGAAUUAUGUAAUGCAGCUAAGCUCGAGUGUAUAUUUAACUUAUAGUUGCUCUGCUUUGGUCUUCUUCCAAUGAUGCUUACUGGGGGGUAAAAAAAAAAAACAAAAAAACAUGGAUUAUUCUAAUCCAUGUUUGGUUUUUUUUUGUCUGUCCCCGUAAGAUGCAAAAUUAAUGGCUGCAAAACCAGCAACUUGCAACUGUCCUUUUCACACUGGCAUGACAAGGUGUGCAGUAACCACUCUAAAACAUCCAAGUGUAUAUCUGCCUUCACUUUCUGUUCUGUUGUCUUCUGCUCACUGAGGCAGAAUAUACAGGCAUUUUUCUCCUUAUACAAAUAGCACACACGCCAACAGGCUUCUGGCUGUGUAUGCAGCUGUGUGCCUAUAGGAGCACGUGCACCUGCAUACAUCCUCAGUAUGCACUCCACAACUAAAUGGCCCGUUUCAGGUGAACUGCAUAAAUACUUCUGUGAUACCACCAGUACACAGGCUGUUUCCUUGGUCAUUGAUGAGGUUGCAUCUCUUGCAUGAGGGUUUGUGGAAGUGAAAAUAACCACAACGAGCUGCGGCUCCCUCAGAGACUUGAAGAUGUAGCACCAAAAUUUCUGCUGAGAAUUGUUAUGUAUAUUUUGAGAUAAUAACCAGUUUGUAUUGAAAGAAGAUGCCACAGAGCUGCACAUGAAAAUGUGUGUGAAUAUUAGGAAUUGUUCUGAUUUUUAGAGCAGAUAAGCCAGGCUAAGACCAGGUUAGAAGGAAGCACAUGUAUCUUUGCAAGUUACAGGGAACAAGAAUGAAUGGUUUUUACGCGUGUUUAUGCCCAGAAAGCUUCAUCUCAGCAAGCAACUCUUCCUGUCAAUAUUGAGUUAUCAUCUUAGCUUACAAAUAGGCUCACUACUGUGAGUUCCAGCUAUGUUUAUGUCUUAGGGGGUAUGAGAAGGUUGAGGAACAGGUAGACUGGUCAAAAGGACAUGCAAAAUUUGAUUUUAUUUCAUGUGUAUGUUUUUACUGAGUUAAACAAAGGAAAUUUGCAACCCUCUCCUCGGUGUGUUUGCAGCUUAGAGAUUGUUCUCCCUUUAAUCAUUCCCUUAGAGGAGCCUCCACUACUAAGAGAACAGGCUGUCCUGGAUGCUUUUGGCUGUUUACUUGCUCGUGGCAAAUCACCUAACUCCCUGGGAAGUUUUACCAGCUGUGUUACAUGGACAAGAUCCACACAGUGAGUGGGUCUAGUAUUCCUGUUCUCUAAUAACAAAGAGUUGUAAGAAUAGACAAGGAUACAGAUCAGUCCAGUUCUGACAAGCACCAAAGAACUCGGGUUGUGCCAGAGAAUACGUAAGCUUCCCAGUGGUAAGUGACAGCAAGUGUUUGUAUCGGAGAAGGGCAAAACUACACAUUCCAUUUCAGAACUGAGUAUUUUUCCAGUUAAAACAGCAACUGGCAUUUUCCACUGCAAGAGCAUAAUCACCUGAGCUGGAAAUUAACUACGAUGUGUGUCAUCUCUCCUCUUGCCAGUGUGUGCCAUGUAAAACAAAAUGACAUAACACUGGAAUGCUUUUCCAAAAGUCAAAAAGUUUUUUUUUUAGUAUAUAUUAUUGGAUACUUUAAAAUCACUCAUCAUUGCAUAUUCAAAAUUCUCCAAAAAUAUAAGUGUUCACUUAGGUGGCUUACAAACGUACUGUUCUGCAGUAUGAAAAAAAAUUUGAGUAGCAACUCAGUUUUUCUUCCAAGGGAAGAAAACAAAAGGAAGCUUCUCUUCAGGGUGGGGAGGAGGGAAGAUAAGAGAGAUAUGGGUAAAAAGUAGGUUCAGGUCCGGUGGUGGAUCUGAGCUGCCUCCAAAUUGCUGUAAGAAAUGGUGUAUUUUUUUUUCUCCAAGGAUAUUUUUGGUAGAUUUUUUCUGGGAAAAAAAAAAGAAAUUAGGUCUGUGAUUUUCUAAAAACUCAGAGUAGUAAUAGUGAAAGCAAUAAUUUACUACUGCUAAAACAUUUAGCAAUAUUCUCUCUUAAGCCAUGAAGCAUCAAGUUGUUGUUCAGUGAGGUAAUGCUCACUUGAAAGCCAGUGGUCAUAGAAGUAUUCAAAGGUAAACAGCAAUGCUUUGUUAGGUAUGAAGGCAAUAACUCCAAGGGUGACUUCUUAGCAAUAAUGGAAUGUAUCGCCUCCAGAUUUAAAUGAUAACAGGUAUAUAUUAGUAGCGUUCAGAUAUCUAGCAUCUGUUUUAAGUUCCUUAUUUUUCAGCAUUUUAGUGUGUUAUUUAACCAACAAGAAAAAAAAAGAAAAACAAACUACUCUCAAAGCUAAGUGGAACUGCAAAAAUACAGCAGAUGCAGAGUGUAGGAAUUAGGAAUAAUCACAGCUCAUCGCCAGUGAUGAUAUGGAGAUGUGGCACAGGCAGUAGCAGAAAACCCAUUUGUAGUAGAUGGAUGCUUGCAGAUCAUCUGUGUUUUAUCUGACAAAGCCAAAAAAAACCCUACACAUAGUCCAGUGGUAUAAUUUAGUCUUGUUUGAUUUCCUGAGUGCUGGGGAGAGAACCGGUUACCACAGAAAAUGUCCUGCAGAUGGGCAGUAAAUAACCCCCCAGCACAGAACAUAUACAGCUUUAUUCCCAGAAGCCCUGAUUCUGCUAAGCACCAGUGCUGUAAACACAUUUUGUGGAGAUUGUAGGGAUGUGUGUCUAAUUUUCUGAGUAGCAUGUGCUUUUUUUUGUCCUUUGUUCAGCAGUGAUCGACAUAAGCAUGUGUUUAAGUGCCUUGUCGAAAUGGGGCCUGUAACAAUUAGUGCAUCUCGUUCUAUCCUUCAAUUAGUCAGCCUCCUCGGUGAGCAGCUCUGGCAGUGGGAGGAGACUUGGGGCAGUCCACACUGGACAGCAGAAAAAAGCCAUUGACAAAAAAAAAAAAAGAAACAGCAAUAGUUCCCUUCAGUCCUGGUCCUUGUAUGGUCCUCUCCAAACUGAAGAGGCAGCCAUCAGGUAGGAACAGCAUCCUUUGUUCUACUUUUGCCUGGGAGGUUGGUGUAGUCAGCUGGUAUCAUACCGGAACGCAGUACCCUUGAAUAAUAGAUGGCAGUGACGACAAUCCGUAGCUACGCUAAGGUGCACAGGUAUUUUUCUUUCAGAUGCUGGAAGUUUGAGACCUUUCUCUUUAUGUCUUGCUGCUCAUUAUUCCAAUGUUCCAUGCAGUGUGGUCAUGAUAAAUGCAUUUUUUUUUCUUGCCAAUGAUCUUUCAAGUCUACCUCCUAGAUUAUCAAGUUAGCACAUAGUACUUGAGUAAUAAUUUCACCCCAUUCUCAGGUUUGUAGCCGUAUGUAGAAUUGCCGCUGUUACAGGGAUGUAGGAAGGGGGCGAAGCACGAAGAUUUAAUGACAGAUUUUUCAGAUUGUUUGGUCACUGAAGCAGCAACCUGCCUAUUGGCAGAAGGGGGCAUAGGUGUGUAUUGUUUCUCAGCACGAAUGUCAGCUGGACACCUGGGUAUUUCUGAAAAUAUGCCACAGAGCUCAGCUGUAUCUUAAGUGUCUGAAUAGCCUAAGAAGUUCUGUCCCAGGUGGCUCACUUAAGAUAACUAUCAGCAGGGCAAGGAAAAUGACAGGCAUCAUAAUUAUCAAUGGCUAAUCAGAGCACUAGCAGCAAAAAAUAGCGUUGAGAAAGUAGAGAAGUCACUGAUAAAUGUUCCAGCUUUAUUUUCAGGUGGAUUACUUCUGGAUAGCAUGAGAAAUUUGGAGAAAAAAAAAAUACAAAAGGUCAGAAUUGCUCCUAAGAGGUCUCUUUCCCUUUUCUUUUUCACUGGUGAGUUGAAAUGAGGAAAAAGUAUUGAGUUGCUUCAAACUGAUGGAAGGUUAUGUAUGUUUUCAAUCCAAAAUGUUUUAUAAUUUUUGAAAUCACUCUUCAGAUGCUUACUCAGUAGUCAGAACAGUAUCUUGUGAGUUUUGAAUAUAUUCUGCUAGAAUGUAACAUACCUUCAGAGAUUUCAGAUAUUUGUUUGAGGUGGUCACAAAGUGAUUUAUGCGAAUCACGCUGUGGUUGGGAACCCUCCCAUACUAUCUACAUUUCCGUGGCAUAGAAACACACAGGAAUCUUCAAGUCCGUGUUAUAUAAAAGAGAGCUUAAAAUGCAGUGCAAGUAUGGUAACUUACCAAAAGAAAAAGAAGCCACAGAAAGCCUGAUGAGGUGCUUCCCUAGUGCACUGGUGUUUUUCUUCUGGAAAUCAUCAGUUCGUGCAUGAUGCUGGCCUCAAGAGAUGACCCAAGCCAGAUGAUAAUGUCACUGUGCCACUCUUCUAAGUUUAUAACCAAGAGUGUUCAUCUGUUAGGUUUUACCUUCACACAUAUUGCUUUACCUUUGGGAUAAUGAUUCUGAAGAAAUUAGACUUGUUGGCGUGCCUUUAGGAUUUUUUUUUGAAAAUAUUGCUACUAAAUUGAUUUGGAUUGGUGCUCACUGAUAAACAUUACAGGACACAGAUUGCUUUUCCCCCAGCAUCCCGUCUCAUGAAAAUAUGCUAACAGUUAAGAUGAAAACUGCCUGAGGGAGUCAGUUUGAGCAAAUUUCCCACCAAAAAAAAAAAUAUGUUUUGAAUAUCCUGAAAUCGUUGUAAAAUAUACUAGAAAUAUUUUAAUUCAAAAUAACUUUUAAAAGCCACAGUUAGUUGUAUUAUAAAUAUUGCAGUAUUUAAAAUGAUCAAAUAAUUCUAAUUGCAGGUCUUUUUGUAUACUGAUGUUUUAAAUCUUCAUGCGAAUUCAAACAUGCCUAACAACGACAAUAACACAUUUUCCGACAAAUGCUGCGUGCUUACAGGGACAGCAAUGGGCAAGGCAACCUGCAGGGGAGAAUUAGGCUUUCCUUUUAAUGGUCUGGCAAAAAAAGAAGUUUGAGUUAGUGAUUUACUUUACAUUUAUGGUGUGUGUGUGAACGCGCAAGAAAGAGAGGGAGUGCAAAUGGAUGUGAUUUUUAGAACUUCACCUUUGUAUUCAUAUUUGAUUCAAAUUCUCAUUGUGGAUAAAGAGCAUAAUUGUAACUAACAUAAUCACACAUCUUCAAGCAUCUGAUGGCUGUGCUUAUUUGAACUUCCACCACUUUACAAAGGACACGGUUACCUAUCUGCAAGCUCAAGGUUAUUUUUUCACACACGUGCACACCAAAAGAACAUAAUUGUGCAUAAGGUUUGAAUAUUCCACACAUAAAUAAUGUCUUAAUUAGAAAGAUAGGGAGCACAGGGGAAUGGUGAAUGUGUCAUCUUCACUGAUGAGCUGUAAAAUAGACCUGUCCAGUGGAAUUUAGUGCAGUCUGCUUAACAUAUUAGGAACUUGCCAGUGCAGCCUGAUUUUUUUAUUUUUUUUUUCAAAUUAACUAUCAAUUGUGAGAGGUGAACUGUUUAACUUCAUUUCUGUUCAGGCUCAUCGACCCAUGGCAAGUUUGAGUUUUAAGAAGGGUUUGAUUUGACAAAAGAAUGUUGAAAAACUCCAGCUGAGGCUUAUGGUGCCUUUUUACCUGUGAGUGAAAGGAUGAAAAGCACAUAUUGAAGGAAGACGGUCAGUUUGGGAAAUAAAUGUAUCCCUACCACGUUUAUCGUUUCAGACAGGUAACCCUGUCUCUUUUGUUAAUUUUCACUGAACAGGGCCAUUCUUGUCUUCUGGAAAGCAAGAUAUUUAUAAUGUAAAUAGUUGUAUUGAGUUUUUUUUCCUGUAACUAAUAUGUAAUAAUCCAACACACGACUACUGAUAGACCUUUUUGCAGUAAGGCCACUGUAUGCCUAAAUAUGGUCGACCUCUGACCUCUUCCUAAGUCAGUCAUGUGCUGAAAAGGAGGGUGCUGGAGGUUUCAAUGUACAUAGAGAAUCAUGUAUAUUUAGUAAAUGGAGUAAGUGGGACUUAUGGCCAGUAUAUAUUAAAGCCACAACAGUAACAAAGCUCCAGAUCUUAACUAGCAAAAACAACUGUUCACCUUGCCAUGUCCAUCUUGUAAUAAGAUCUAAGUUGCACCUGCCUGUAGUUCUGCAUGAUCAGACUUCAAAGUAUAACUAACAAGAUCUGUAAUGUAUCAGUGUUGAUAAACAUAGUUAAAAAAAAGAAAAAAAAAAAAAAAGGAAAAAAAAAAAAACUCAACCAACAACAGAAAAUCAACAACGGCAACAGUUUCGUAUCAAGACUGGAAGAUGAGACAUGUCCAAUUUGUUGCACGGUUGUAGCUGAAAGCUGGAACCAGCGCCAGCGUGAGUGGACCGCAGUAGUGACGUCUGUUAAGGAGCCGACCUUUCUUCCGUAUUGUUUUGUUCUUACCCUGUUAUUCUCUGACUCUCUGUUGUUCCCUGUGUGGAUACAGGGGAGAACUCCACCUCAGUCAUCAGUGUUUUAUGGGUCAAUGUUGCAUCAAUGAUUUCUGAUUUCUGUUCAUUUGUCAAUUACUGAACUAGGACGGGAACUUCAUUCUCUCCACUUGUCAAAAGGAAUCCUGUCAGAGCUUCCUCAUGGAGUUACUUCUCACUGCUGUCCUGACUCCUGUCGGUUGGAUGACUUUGCCAUGUUCCCAAUAAACAGCACAAUGCAGUAAACCACAUUGAUCGAGGGCUUCAUUAAAUGUGUUGUGCAUCUGUACUCUCGCUGGGGCUCAAAGUCAUGCAGGGACAGGACUCAAUUCAAAUAUGGUAUGUACUCUAUGCAUGACGCCUAUAUUACACCUUUAUGACCUUAUAGUGGGGGAAAAAAAAAACUGCUGAUCUUUACAGAUGUGGAUUCGGACCAUCUUUUUGGGGGGAGGAAGGUUGUAGCGAAUCUUGGUCCUUAUCCUAUGUGCCACUUGCUGCUAUUCAGAGCAGCCAAGUGGAGGCUAAAGCGGAGCAAAGGCCGCCAAAGGGGGCCGCACACGGAGGUGAAUUUCAUGCUGUUUGAAUGUGAUCUUGCCAAAAAGCCUGUAUGUCUAGCAGGGGAGACUGUGACUGUUCUAGAAGGAGUGUUGUGUGUUGUUUACUUAAAAACAAGCUUUGCUAAUUAAAA